UCCGAAGCUGGGGCGGGACUUUGAACUUCGUUCUCUGUUCUUCAGUUUCUUCUGCGACUGCAAAAUUAUAUCUUUCCAUUCUUCCCUCAAAGAUCAUGAAUUGAAGAAACCCUAGAGACAAAUUAGGACAAUGGAAAGGCCGAGGCUUGUGGUAAAAUGCUCCGAGAACGAAGAGCUGGUGGAGUACUUCCUGAACAAGUGGAAGGAAAUGGCGGAUCAACGGCCCGAAGGGUUAUUCGAAAACGUUGAGAAGACUCUCUCCAAGGCUUAUUCCAAUCUCUGUGGCGCCAAAACCCCCGUUUCCACCAUCAAAGAGUUCUCCCAAAUCAAGGGUGUGGGAAAGUGGAUUCUGAAGUUUAUGCAAGGGUUUUUCAAGACUGAUUCAAGCAGUUGUGAGCCAGACGACGUGACCAAAAAGGGCAAGAAGACGAAAGGAGCCAAGCGCUAUUUGCCUCAGAAGAAUUCUGUAGCAUAUACAUUGCUGGUUACCCUCCACAGGGGAACGACAGAAGGGAACGAAUUUAUGCGAAAACAGGAGCUUAUUGAUGCGGCUGAAGCUAGCGGUCUUUCUCGUGUGCCAAUAGCGCCUGAAAAGGGAAAAGGAAAGCCUGGUCCAUAUGGAGGUUCAGCAAGGGACUGGUAUAGUGGAUGGACCUGUAUGAAGACAUUAAUAACCAAGGGGCUUGUUGUUAAAUCAAGUUGCCCUGCGAAGUAUAUGCUUACUCAAGAAGGUAAAGAAGCAGCUCGUGAAUGUAUCAUGAGAUCUGGUAUGCCAGAAUCCUCCAAUGAUACUAGAUCUUCUGAAAGGCAUUAUGAUGUGGACAUUGAAAACUUGUCAGAUCCCGAGCCUUCACAGCUAGAUUCAGCCAAAGAAGUAGCAGUGCCUUCUGUUGAUUCGAGAAGGCAGAAAUCAACAGAUAUACCUGUCGAAUACAUGGAUCGGCUUACAAAAAUGGGCUAUCCUAAGGAACGAAUCCUCUGGGCUUUUAGUGAAGUUUUAAAAACUUCCAAUAACGAGGAGUCAUAUUCACUCUGGCUACCUGUCUUAUGUCAUCUUCGUGAAUCAGAAGUUUAUGGGCAUUCAGAAUCUCAGACUGCCAGAGAGGAAUGUCCUCGUAGAACAUCAACCCCUAUUGAUACAAAUUGUCAAGCAUCGGGUUCAUCUGGUCAGAGUGGACAUGAGCCAAAGAUUAGUUCUGCUGAUUCCAUGCCAAACUCUUUUGUUAUGAGAGCUUGCUCAUCAUCGGAUCAUAGUGUACAAAAGUCAAGUUCAGAUAACAUGGAAGCAGGUUUUAAUAUCUUAUCAGUGCCACCUCUGAACUUUGGGGAAAGAUUUGAAGAUGUGUAUGAAGUAAUCUUGAUACUGGACAAUCGAGAGCAAUUCGCCAAUAAGGGUUCUCGGUCUAGCAGAAUCAUUGAGAGCAUCUGUAAUCAAUUCAAAAUCCAAAUAAAGGUUAGGCGUCUACCAGUUGGAGAUGGAAUUUGGAUAGCUCGCCAUAAAGAUCUUGGCAGUGAGUAUGUACUUGAUUUCAUUGUUGAGAGGAAGAAAGUUGAUGACUUACGCUCUUCAAUCAGAGAUAAUCGCUACAGGGAUCAGAAAUUGAGGCUUUUGAGAUGCGGACUUAAGAAACUGAUAUAUCUUGUGGAAGGGGACCCAAACUCAUCUGAAGCCGCAGAGAGUAUUAAAACAGCCUGUUAUACCACAGAGAUCCUGGAGGGUUUUGAUGUGCAGAGAACCACUGGCUUGAGUGACACACUGAAGAAGUAUGGUCAUAUAACCCAAGCAAUAACUCAAUACUACAAAUCACAAGUUUCUGAAGAGCUCCAUAAACACAAUAGGAUCUGCCCACCAUAUAAUCAAUUCAUUGCAAAGUGUGAAGACCUGGAUAAAAUGACUGUAAAUGAUGUAUUUGCCAUUCAGCUUAUGCAGGUCCCUCAGGUGACAGAGGAGGUUGCCAUGGCUGUUGUGGAUUUGUACCCAACUGUUCUCUCUCUUGCAAAUGCUUACUCUCUCCUUGAGGGUGAUAUUACCGCACAACAGGAGAUGCUUAGGAAGCAAAGUAGCAAUGUAGUGAGUCGGGUUGCUAGUAGGAAUAUCUUUCAGUUCAUUUGGGGUAGUUGAGCUUCAUACUUGGAUGUUCUAAUCCAAUUAAGUUUUUGCACAUAAAGCAUUGAUAUUUUUAAAAGGUAAAGUAUCAUAUUUCAGUUUUGAUCCUUGACACAUUUUUGUUGCGCAAAUGAAAAUAAUAUGUAAAGUUAUGGCU